AGGUCCCCGCACCCAAUCCAGAUGUUGUUGGUCAAAAGUCAGAUGCCCUUCAUACUGAUGAAGAAACUGAGGACACUGUCUCUGAUACACCUCUGUUGGAUAAGAGGAAGCGUGCUCCGGCCUUGAAAUCUCCAUUUGUUGAUUUCGGGUCUGCUGAUGUCGGGAGCACUCCAAUGGAGCUUAUGUCCUCAGGUUCUCAAUCAGCUGGGGAUGAUAGGGAUUUCAAAAUGGUGACUUAUGUGAAGGGCCUUUAUGCUCUUAAUGAUGCGUUUGCUGAUCCCGUAUCUACCGAGAUUGAGGCAAAAUUUGACGCUUGGAUUGGUGAAGGAUUGCUUAAACAUCCUAGGUGACUGUUUUUAUUAAAUCUGUUUUUGUAUUAUGUUUUAUUUUUCAGUUUUAUUCCUGUUUUAAUGCUAUUUUUUUGCUGUUUUUUUGUUGUUGUAGGCAUUAUAAUUGUUAUGAAGAUGGCGCAAAGAAAUUUACCCCGGGUUUUAGGCUAGGUGUUGAUUAUGUUGAGGAUAAAACUUGGUUUUAUCAUUUGGCUACAUGCGACAUGUUUAUGAACGACUCGGUAAAGUUUCCAAUUUAUAUUGUAGUUAUGAUAGUUUGUUUUCAGUUGCUUUAUAAAUGUUUUUAAGUUUUGAUACUGUAUUACAGUUUUUUUACAGUUGUUCAACCUUUUCAUUUGUGUUUCUGUGUUGUUUUUUUUCUCAGCAUAUGAACACCAUAUUCUAUUACCUUCGGAAAAAAGGUAAAUAUUCUUCCGCUGUGACGUUGAAUUUCGCAACUACUGAUUGUCUCUUUGAUGAUUCCAUCCAAGCUUUGUACCACAAGUAUAACAAGGCCAAGUCAAUGAAGACUAAGAUGUCACACAUUCACGCUGCCCACCCAAUAGCGCAUUACAUCCGAGGUAUGCGCAUUCCCUGUUCCAAGCCUUGGUAUGAAGCCGAUCAUGUGUUAUUCAUCAUCAAUUUAAGAAGGGAAAGUCAUUGGGUGUUUGGGCGUCUUGACUUGAACGAAGGGAUGUUGUUUCUGUACAAUUCUUUGAGGACCGCGAAGAUGAAUGCUGCAGCUAGGAAUGCCAUGAAGGCUUAUUCUGUGUUGCUGCCUUUGUUUUUCGAUUUACUUGGGUUCUGGAAGAAUAGGGCACAAGCUCCUGCCUCAGGUUCUGACCCUACAGCUCCCUUAAGAAUCGUGGAGCUUAGUGGUCUUCCGUCUCAGCAGAAGAAUGAUUGCGGAGCAUAUGUUGCUGCCUUUGCUGAAUUCUUUAUCCACGGAAAGGAUGUCCCUGCGGACUUUGACAUCGAAGUUUAUCGUACCCGACUUGCUUCACUUUUCUUCUCGUACGGCCAAAGGAAAAUUGAUGAAAGCAUUGACAGCGAGGAUGAGAAGCAAAACAAGUCUUCUAAGGCAUCUAAAUUGAAAAAAUAGGAUCUUUUAAUUUGGUGACUCUUUUCUGUUAUUUGUUGAAUCUAUUACCAGACAAUAUUUAGUGUUAUUGGUUGAAUGUAGGUAUUAUAUUUGAUUUUAUACUAUGUACCUGGUUUAAAACUUUUAGGAUAUUUGACAUUUACUCCUUAUAAUAUGUUUAUUGUAUAGGUUUGUAUUUCCCAAAGUUGUUUGUUUUUUUAAUUAUUCAAGUUCUUAUAUACGGUCGCACAACUAUGGAGAAACUAUUAACCAACUGAAUACAAACAAUGUUUUUAUUUUUUCUAAAUUGUGCUAUGAAUGUAUUUUUAUUCUUCGUAUUCCAUUAAUCAUUUUCCUUUUAUUUUAGUUAUGUUUUAUCAAUUCUUGAAUGACUGCCUUUAAAACUGUAAAGAAGAAGUCAUUCCGGUACUUAAUAUUUUCAAAGGGUCACAACUGUAACAAAACGAUUUUGAAACUAUUAAAAAACUGUUUCAAAUUUCAUAAAAAUGAAAUCCCAUGUAUUUAGAACAUCACAGAUCAACCUGUUUGAAUUUGCACACAAAAUUAAACAAUUCAAAUAUUUCAUAUGUAUCUAUUUUAUUGCUUGAUUGUUGCAUGUCUUUCGAUUGUGUCCGUGUUGUCCACAUUUGCUGCACCUGUUAUGUUUUUUUGUAUCCCAUUCAGAUAAAAACCUUCGUUUCCUUGGUCUUCCAGAUCUUAUUUUUUGGUUUGGUGGCAGAACAAUGAUAUCUUUUAUGUUUUGUGGCACAUCCCAAGUUGUGUGAUUGUGUACCGGAUAUGUUGAGCCGCUGUAUGUUUCAAGCCAUGUUCGCGUGGUGUAAUAACCUGAACAGUAGUUGUAAACAUUCAAGUUCAUCUCUUUUAUAACAGCAAGCGCAUGAGCACACGGUAACUCAUCAAGUUGGAAUCUGUUGCAACUGCAUGUUUUCUCCUUGAGGUUGAUGACCCAUGAUCUGGUUAGUUCAACUACUUCGAACAUGGUCUCGUUUAUUGGUUUUACCUGCGGAUUAAGUGUAAAAC